AUAAUUUUUUCCAAAUCUUAUUGCAUUUAUUACGUAAAGUAAUCUAUAUUAUAUAAAGUACGUUUGCUCGAGUGCAACGUGAUACGAUAUUAUUAAAGCUAAAAUCAUGAAUUAUUCCAAUGUAUAAUACUAUAGUUCUGAAAUUGUUUCGUGUUACCAAGGCAUCGAUAAAACGAGAUUUUCUACAUCAAUCGAUUAUAUUUCCAUCUAUUUUAUAUUCUUAUUACAAUAGAUACAAUUUUAUUUGUAACAUUAAAUAUUUUGCAAAUAUGUCCAUAAAAUGUUUUCAAGGUCGUAAUGAUAAUUAUAAUGGUGUAACUGUACAUUCCAUCGAAGAACCUUGUCUGGUUACAGUAUUUCCUCAAUAUUUACAAGAUUCCUUAAAAAUUUGGUCAGAACAAAAGAAACGAACAAUUUGGUUUCGCGUGCACUUGUCACACUCUGAAUGGAUACCGAUUUUAGUAGAAAAUGGUUUUAAAUUUCAUCAUGCACGAGAAGAAUAUGUUAUGCUGUAUUACUGGUUAAACAAAGAAACAGUAUGUAAUAUUCCGCCUUAUGCUCAUACAAACUUGGGAGUAGGAGCAUUUGUUUUUAAUGAAAAAACAUCAGAGAUAUUAGUUGUAAAGGAAAAAAAUGUCAAAGGUCAUAUGUUCUGGAAAUUACCAGGCGGCUAUAUUGAACCAGGAGAAAAUAUAGACGAAGCUGCACAAAGGGAGGUGUUAGAAGAGACAGGUAUUCAAACAAUGUUCAAAUGUCUUGUAGCAUUUAGACAUUCACAUAAUGCUGCCUUCGAUUGUUCAGAUAUAUACAUGAUAGCUUAUUUAACACCUUGUACUUUUGAUAUUACGAAGUGUGAAAUAGAAAUUUCUGAAUGUAAAUGGAUAAAGCUCAAUGAAUAUUUAUAUCAUCCAGAAGUACAUGAAAAUAAUCGUUUACUUGCUAAAAAAAUGAUUGAAUUCUUGAAGAAUCCCAUAGGAAUAACUGCGGAGCAUGGAAUACAUCCAAUUACAAAGAAACCUCUUUGUGUAUAUAGUAUAUCAACAAAUAAAGAGAUAUGUGCAUGUGAAAAAUAGGUUGAUUAUGUAAAAUUAUAUAAGAACAAAUAAAUAUUUCCGAGUCAUUAAUUUUAAAA